AAGAUUUAGAAUUCCCCGCAACGGUUAGUCUAAUUGGUAUGACUUUAAUGUUUUAACUUCUCCGUUCCACAAUUAACGGCUUUUCCAUUGGGUUUUUCAUAUUUGUUUUAUUUUACCUUGAAAAUUCCCCAUCACAGGCUUCAUCUAAUCAAGGUACCUGUAGCAUCGCUAAAAAUGUUUUAUACCUGUUCUAUACCUGUCAAAAAGCUGAAAAAUCAUUUUGCCUAAAUUCAAUUUGUUGGGUAAGCAAUACCUAUUUACUAACAAAUGGGCAAAUGUAAAAGUUAAGAUUUGAGACAAAAACGUCCCAAUCUUUACUGAAAAGAUCAAGACAUUGUUUUCUUUUUAAAUUGAAUAAAUUAUAAAAAAAAAACAUUUUUUUUCAUCAUAAACGCUUGUAAAUAAAUUUCAGAAAGUGUCCUUUUGAUUCUGCGUAGAACAUAUCAUCCACUUCAGCAAGUUGUCCGACGGGAAGAACGUUUCGCUCCCGCUAUGAGUGUGCGCCGGUUUGAGAGAACUAGUGAGAUACGGCGAGAGCCAGUGAGAGAGAGAGCGAGAAAGAUCAUCUCAAUCGAAAACGAACACAGCAUAGAACAGCAUAAAAUGCGUUCCGAAGCCGAGCAUAAACGAACUGCUCGAUACGCUCGCACACUUUCCAGCCGUACGUCGUCCGGGUGAGAUGUGAAGCUGUGCCGUGGUGCGAAACGGUUUUCAAAACUUGUUCAGUUCCGCCAAGUCGCAAAGGUAACAGCCGUCGUGUACCGCGUGGCCCUUAAAAGACCAGUGCCGUGGUUUGAUCGGUUGCCGUCUCUGGAGCACGCAAAGGUGGUGUGUUGAUGGAAAUUGUACAACGAAAAACAAAAUAAACAGCCAAGUCGUUUGCACGUUUGCCAAAACAGUUGCAUUAAGUAAUAAAGUGUUGUUCGCGCGUAAUUGUUUUACGAUACUGUAACGCGUGCGAUACUGGUGAGUGAUCGUAGUACGGUGAGCAAGAUUUUCAUUUUCACACGCCAAAAAUUGUGUCCCCGUUGUUCGGGAUCGUUGUACAUGUGUUUCUAACGGCUGAGCCAGCAAUCAAACGGACGGUGAUGAGUGCGUUGAAACGUGUCCGUAACAUUGAUCGUGCUGCCAGCAGGGUGAAGCUAUUGCUGAUGGGAAGACAACGUUGGUCGUUAUACGUGAAAAUUUACGCAGCAUAAACAGUGUCUCUGAAGUGUCGUGUGCGUGUCGGCGAGUGUGAUUCCAUCGUUGGAUGAUCCUAGCAAGGAUAUCCUCGAAAAAGUGUUGUGCAGCAUGAAUAGAAUGCGCGAUGAGUGAAAUUGUUCCCACAAAAAAGAAGUUAAAUCUAUCAUCACUUCUCUCUAACCUAGACGAAAUGAAAGUUCUGAGAUAGUGUAUCUAGUAUGAAGCGGAUGUGUUUGAGUGUAGUAAAACAUACAUUUUCUUAUUGAGAAAAGAAAGGUGCAUUGUUAAGUGAUCUAAUUUAAUGUCUAUCGGAGACAUUCCUUGGUGAUUCCACAUACAAAACAGUGAAUCUCGCGUGCGCCUUAUCGUUCGCGUAAGAAAACAUUCUACCGGCCAUACAGAACGCGCCACACAAACCACAAAACAAUGGCGUUUCGGUGUCGAAGAAGCAACCACUGGACGGCACUGACGGUGACAUUACUGGUUCUUAUUGCCACAUACUCGCUACCCACCGUACGGUGUCGAUCGGUCAACGUCAACUCACCGAAUCAUCCACACAGCCGGCAUCACCGGUCAAACAUAUCGAUCGAAAGCAACUCGAUACAGCGGCUCGAUGCGUCCGGUGGCCACAGACAAACGACGUUCGGAGGUGGAGGAUUUAACGGCAUGUCCACGCAACCUCCGCUUCUGAAGCGUGUGUUCCUGUCCAACCGGACCGUUACCUGUAACGAUGGUUCGCAGGCUGGAUUUUAUCUCCGCAAAUCGCCCGGCUCUCGUCGAUGGGUUGUGUUUUUCGAGGGCGGCUGGCACUGCUAUGAUCACAAAUCGUGCCGCACGAGGUGGCUUAAGCAGCGUCAUCUGAUGACAUCAGUUCAAUGGCCGGAAACGCGAGACGUUGGUGGCCUCCUGUCGGCAUUGCCAUCCGAGAACCCGUACUGGUACAAUGCGAACCAUGUGUUUGUACCGUACUGUAGCAGCGAUUCGUGGAGUGGAACGAAAAUUCGUCCAGACACCCGCGAUGGAUUGCGAUUUAUGGGUUCGCUGAUCGUGCGACAGGUAAUGUCCGAUCUGGUCCCAUUGGGGCUGGGACACUCACAGGGUGCCGAUCUGUUGAUGGCUGGUUCUUCUGCGGGUGGACUAGGCGUGAUGCUGAAUCUCGAUAAAGUGCGAACCUUUCUACAGAACGAACGAGGCCUCAAAGUGAGCGUUCGUGGUGUGAGUGACUCGGGAUGGUUCCUGGACCGAGAACCGUACACGCCUGGUGCUGUUGCUGCCUCGGAAGCAGUACGACAGGGGUGGAAAAUGUGGGACGGUGCAUUACCACAGGCCUGUGUUGCCGAACACACCAAGGAACCGUGGCGUUGCUACUUCGGGCAUCGGCUUUAUAACACUCUGAAAUCUCCUCUAUUCGUGUUCCAGUGGCUGUUCGAUGAGGCACAGAUGCGUGCGGAUAGUGUUGGUGCACCGGUGACACCACAGCAGUGGGACUACAUCCACGAUAUGGGCGGUGCAUUGCGCGAAUCGCUCAACAACGUGUCGGCAGUAUUUGCACCCUCGUGUAUCGGCCAUUCGGUGCUAACCAAGCGUGACUGGAUGAAGAUUAAGAUCGAUGACAUCUCGCUAGCGGACGCGCUGCGCUGCUGGGAGCAAUCGAACGCGGACGACCGUCAGUCGCAGUGGCGAUCGAUAAACCGAAGCCCCCAGAAGCUGCACCGCAAACACAACGGUGGACGCAGGAAGAACAAACAGCAACAGGUGCAGCAACAGCAACCGAAACCGAUCGAUACGGUUGGCGUGGAAUCGUCUUCGGAGCGGCCGCAACGUCCGAAGCUUACCAAAGAGGAGCGAGAGCGACGACGGCAGGAGCGGCGCAAGCGCCAAAAUCAGCGCAAACAAAACGGUCCCGGCAGGGCGAACGGUACCGGUUCCGGUGACACUACCGGCACGCAGCUCGGUUUCACAAAAGUUCCUAAACUAGAACGAAUGCCAAAAAAUAGUACUACCAGCAAACCCACCAGCAAUCAACCGAAGCGUAACAACCACCGGCAUCAUCCUGGCCAGCCGCAGUUGGCGCAAGACGCGAUCCGGACGCCAGUGACAGCGUCCCAGUCGAAUGAACCAUCGGCACCGCACAAGCUGCGGAAUCAGAACAAAAAGCGCCUGAACGGACAUCGGAACCGUAAUCGGCAGGCACGCGGUGGCAAUGGUGGCGGUGCGGGUGGGGGCCGUAAUCGGGCACCCCAAACGGUGGACAUUGCGGAACCAAAGAAGUGCUCGUUGCGGUUGCUGGAGCGAUGCAGCUGGCCCCAGUGCAAUCACUCCUGCCCGACGCUCACCAACCCGCUGACCGGCGAGGAGAUGAAGUUCCUGGAGCUGUUGGCUUCGUUCGGGCUCGAUAUGGAUGCGGUCGCGACAGCGCUCGGUGUCGACAUGCAAACGCUCAACAACAUGGACCAUGCCGAGCUGGUGAAUCUGCUCACGCAGCAGGUGACGUAGCGUGCAGGGCGGAUGCAUCCAGUAAACAAACGUUACAAAAAGUAACACUCAUCCGUACCCAUUUUCGCCGGAGUUAAACAAAAAAAACCAUCGCCGACAUAUCGGCUUCAUCAUUCCAAAACAAGCCAAAAGAUCGUACUUAAGCGUUAAGUGCCCUACAGUUUACCUUCCAUCAUCUGGUACGUCGUGUUCGGAGGUGAUCAAUACGGAAGGAAUCCCACAGUGAACCCAUAGUGAUUCCUCGGUUCCGAUCCAGAGCAUCAUUAUGCAUCUCCAGCGUCGUGUAAAUCGAAGACACCGAAAGGAAAUAGUUGUCAGACCAACUCAUCUUCUCCCUGUGUCCGUGGGCCAGUAAUUCUACACAACUAAUUGCACACACCACCACAGACUGAAGGAGCGAAGGAUAGCCUUUUAAGUGGGUGUGUGUUUAUUUCUUUAAGUUGCAUCGUUUGUGUAAGCGGACAGGAUUGUGAAGUAUUUAUUUGUCUAUACUGUCUGUGUGGUUGGAAACGUAAGGAACGAGAUUGCUGAUAUUAUAAAGGAAAGAACGCGUAACAGGUGAACCAGAGCGGUUCAUCUGCCUGUGAAUACUCCCGAGCUAAGUAGUGACAACACGGAAAUCUUCCAACUAAACUCAAGAUGUACACAUCAAGCUAAGCCCAGUAUUUGUAGUAGUGCGUAGUAUGGAGCACACCCUCCGAUAGGAUGUAGAAAAGCUGAUAUUUAUUUUAACCCCCCCAUCCUGUAGCCUUGUUGAGUGUCUGUACAUUAAAAAACACACACACUGACCCCAGUAGUUUGAACACCGUACACCAACAGCAUCCAUGAAGGAGUACACACUCCAUGUGUAAAUACUAGCAGAGGAAGCUUAAGCAUUAAGAAAGCACUACCCUUAUCGUGUAGUGUUUAUAAGGCAGCCCCGAACGAAAUGACUACCUCACCGAAUGAAUGAACGCCAUGAAUGAAUGAUGAAUUGAGUGCAGAGCAUUCGUGUACUUAUGCACUAUGAAUGUACUAAACGAAUGUGAACAUAGAGUGUGUGUGUGUGCGUAAGUAAGAUAGGUUUAAUCUGUAUUAUCUGUACCUGCGCUUAGUCAUACGUUUUAGCAGCAUCGUUUACAACUCUCGAUCGAUUUUGUGUUAAGGGUACUAAGAAAGCUAGUAUUUUAUUCCUUCCCCCCCC